GAAAUGAGUUAUUAAAACUAUUAUGUUUAGUAAUGUGUUGGAAAAAUCUUCUUUCUGGUUAACAAAAAUUGGAAAAGAAAUUAAACAGGGGAGCGAAUAAUUCAGGGGGGGCUAAUAAUUCUGACUUCAACUGUACAUAUAAGGAUAUUAAAAUGCCAUUGGUCAGAGCUUAUGUCGGAAGUUGUGCUAUAUCAUAUUUAUACCAGUAACAGAAAAGGUUAUAACUGUUUUUUGUGUUAUCAAACUAGAAUUACCUCAAUAUGAAUUUGUGAAAACGUGCAAAAACUGAUGCAUCGCCUUGCAUGCAAAACCUCCCACACAAACACACCUCCUGAUUCUGCUCUGACCACAAAAAUUAAGCAAGACGUACAUUCAAUUUGCUACUUCCUCAUUGCUCUCACAAUUGAGGUUGUUAGAUGCCUGAGGAAGCACACUUUUGACUGAAAGAUUGUACCACACAAUGGAUGUUUGCAGAAAUGUGAUUUUGUUUCACUUCUUGGUGUUCACCUUUUGCAAAGCGGCAGGUAAUGAUUGUUUUUCUGUCAACAAAAUUGAUUAAAAACAGUUUUUCAAGUGAUCUUUUUGUUCAAUCUGUAACUGACUUUAAAAUUUCUCUUCCAGUUUGCUCUGACGUGUCAAUUGUUGGAGGCAAAGAUGUCAAAAAAGCUCUAUCGUGGAUGGUGUCCAUUCAAAAGGAAAAGAUCCAUAUUUGUGGAGGAAUCCUGAUUCACAAGCAGUGGGUUUUAACUUCAGCACAAUGCAAAGAAGUCCCUGUUUCAUCAGUGACGGUUCUCAUAGGAUCUCUAUCUCUGAGUAAAGGCUCUCAACGUAUUGGCAUCCUUAAUUACGAAAUCCCUAAAACAUUCAAUGAAAAGACUAAAGAAGAUGACAUCAUGCUCAUUAGGCUAAGCAAAAAAGUUAAAGCCAAACCCUACAAAAUCCCUAAAAAUGAAAAAGAUGUCCCACCCGGAACAAAAUGUGUUGUAAGAGGUUGGGGAACCACUGAUUAUAAAGACGAGCAAGCUUCUGAUAAACUGCAAAUGUUGGAGGUGUUGGUGGUGGACAGAGAUCAGUGCAACCGCUACUAUAACAGAAAUCCUGUCAUCACCAAAGACAUGCUGUGUGCAGGAAAUACACAGCAGCACAGAGGAACCUGUUGGGGAGAUUCUGGUGGACCUCUGGAGUGUAAGAAAAACCUGGUUGGAGUCAUUUCAGGCUCACAAGGAUGUGGGAUUCCCAAGAAACCCACAGUGUACACGUUUCUUUCCAAAAGACACAUCUCUUGGAUCAAUAGCAUACUGAGACAGCAAUUUAACAGCACACGUUUUUAAGAAACUAAACAUUCCCAGCUUAUAUAGCUUAUUAAUCCAUAUUUGCUAUAUUUACAAUGUUUAUUUUGUUAGCGCACAUUUGGUGAACAAUAAAAAAAAAAUCUGUUUCUUUUUUAUUGUUCAAUCAAAUUAUUAAAUCAAAAAGCUUCUCCAUUUGAAGUGACAGUUCUACUUUGUUGAUGUCAGUCUGACGGCUUCAGCCACAAUAUUCUUAUUCGUUCCCCUUUUACUAUUAGUUUUUUAAGGGGGAAUGAGAGGCAAAACGAAAGCCCUGUCUCAGUCAAUAUUACUCAGCCAUUAACGUACACCCUGUAAUGAACAUUUGCUAUUGAUUUACCUAUUCUCAAGCCAUCCAAGAUCACUUUUUUCUCAGAAUAAUAAAGAACUUUAUUUUGGCUGAAGCUGUGAUCCUUGUUAAUUUACCAAAUGCAAGUCAAUGGCUAAAAGCCUGAUGAUGAAUUUAGGUCUUAUGCACAGUAGCCAAUUUUACACUAUCAAACAAAACGUUCUAAUACAUACCUGUCAACCAUCUCAUUUUCCCUGAUUCUCCUGUAUUUUACAGUUCUAACAUCCUGUAGAGGUAUUUUCCUGCAUUUCUCUCAUAUUUUUAAUCUUUCUCUGAAAGGUGGCAAUAAGCAUUAAUACGCAAUUAAUACCUGUACGCAACCCAUACCGCUGAACCACCAAUGCAUGUGGAUUCCCCUUUGCUCUUUAAUGUGAGUCUGUUCUGUGCUUUCAUUUUAUUUGGACAUGAAAACAUUUGGAAAUAAAUAGAAAAAUGGCAUGAUUCCCUUUCUUUCCUUUAUAGGCACUAUUGCCACUCCUAUGCAAUCCUUAAAACAGUCAGUUCAUGUAGCGGUGUGUAACUGUCAGACGGGCUCCAUAGUGAUAAAUUGCCGCUGUUUCCUAAACGGAUUCUGUAACAUUACACGUGAUUUGAAGUGGACUGAAAUUGGACACUCUGGGUUUUGGGUGCGUGU